AGAUCAGAAAGCGACAGUUCGAAUCGUCUGAUUCAUUCCAAAGUGGCAUAAUGUGCCAAUGCUGAUGCGGAAACGUCGCCAAAAUUGACGAUUAAAUGGAUUAGGACACUCGCAAUCAGUUAUGUAUUUCGUUUUUGAAUAGCUAACCUAUUUGACCAUGAAGUUGGUUCAUAAAGACAUCGAGAAGGAUAAUGCCGGUCAGGUGACACUAAUACCUGAUGAGGCAGAGGAUAUGUGGCACACCUACAACCUGCUGCAGGUGGGCGACAGCCUCAGAGCCUCAACCAUCAGGAAAGUGCAGACGGAGUCCUCCACGGGGAGUGUGGGAAGUUCACGUGUGCGUACCACCCUGACUUUAUGUGUGGAGACGAUAGACUUUGAUUCCCAGGCCUGUCAGCUCAGAGUCAAAGGAACAAACAUCCAGGAGAACCAGUAUGUGAAGAUGGGUGCCUAUCAUACCAUUGAGCUGGAGCUCAACAGGAAGUUCACUCUAGCCAAAAAAGUCUGGGACAGUGUGGUGCUGGACAGAAUUGAGCAGGCAUGUGAUCCCGCUCAAAAAGCAGAUGUGGCUGCAGUCGUGAUGCAGGAAGGUCUGGCCAAUUUGGUUCUCGUAACACCAGCCAUGACCUUACUCAGGGCGAAGGUUGAGGUCACCAUUCCCCGCAAGAGGAAAGGCAGUUGUGCUCAACAUGACAAGGCAUUAGAUCGAUUUUAUGAGGCUGUCAUGCAGGGCAUUCUGAGACACUUCAAUUUUGAUGUGGUGAAGUGUAUUCUGGUGGCCAGUCCAGGCUUUGUGAAAGAUCAGUUCAUCUCAUACCUCUUUAAAGAGGCAGUAAGACAAGACUGCAAAAUUCUUCUAGAGAACAGAUCCAAAUUCAUGAUGGUACACUCCUCAUCCGGACACAAGUAUUCUCUCAAAGAAGUGCUGUGUGAUCCAGCAGUCACGGCUCGAUUGUCUGACACCAAGGCUGCUGGAGAGGUAAAGGCUUUAGAAGACUUUUACAAGAUGCUUCAACAGGAGCCUGAUCGAGCUUUCUAUGGAUUGGCUCAUGUGGAAAGAGCGAGUGAAGCUUUAGCCAUCGACAUCCUGUUGAUCAGUGACAAACUAUUCAGACAUCAAGACAUAGCCACCCGCAGCCGGUAUGUUCGGCUUGUAGACGGUGUAAAGGAAAAUGGAGGAACUGUCAGAAUGUUCUCAAGCCUGCAUGUAUCUGGAGAACAGUUGAAUCAGCUGAGUGGAGUGGCGGCCCUCCUGAGGUUCCCCAUCGCUGACGUGUCUGAAGCUGAGGACAGCAGCUCUGAUGAAGACUAACAUUAUGGUCUUGUGCAAAAGGAUUUUGUGUGAAAGGUUGGGAAUGCUUCACAUUUAGGACUAAAUGGAAUAAGAAUCCAUAAUGGCCUUAAUAAAGGAUUUAAAAGCA